AUGUCUGUUCCUAUUGUUCUUGUAAUGUCUGAACGUUUAGUACCCGGAUUUGAAGCCACCAUCAUCUCCAACUCCAUCAAAGCCACAAUAGUUUUGAUGGUUAUAGCAUACUCAACCGACAUCUCCUCAGCACAAUCCUUGUUCUUCAACAGAAGGAUCCUCCAUGAACCCUUCAUUCCUUUAACCUCUCUUCCUCCUUCACAACCACCACAACCACCACCUCCUCAUCCUUCUCCUUCAACCCCAAAACGAAAACCCAAAUACCCUUCAUCAUCCACCAUCCCCACCACUACUGUUACCACAACACCAACAUCUACAACACCAACAACAGAAACAUCAACAGAAUCACCAUUUUUCCCAUUAUACCCCUCUUCCCCUCCUCCUCCUUCUCCGAUCACCUUUGCCUCCUUUCCAGCCAACAUUUCCUCUCUCGUUCUCCCUCACUCCCCCAAACCCAAUUCCUCCCCCAACAAACUCCUCCCCGUCGCUCUCUCUGCCGUCGUCGCCGCCGCACUCGUCAUCGCUAUCUCCGCCUUCGUCUGUUACCGCCGCCGCCGAAACCCUCCCCCCUCCCCAGCAGGUAAAAUUCUCCGUUCCGGCACCGACCUCCGCCCACUCCGCCGCAAUGCCAAAACUUCCAUCGAAGCGCGGAAGCUCCGGCACACGUCCUCCACCAGCUCCGAGUUUCUCUACCUCGGCACCGUCGUGAACUCUCACAUAAUCGAGGACGCGGACGUCUCCAACGUCGGGGAAGAUGACCGGAAAAUGGAAUCGCCGGAGCUCAGGCCGCUUCCACCGCUAGCCCGACAAGCGUCAGUGCCGCCACCUCCUCCACCCCGCGAUGAGGCGGGUUUCACUACCGCGGAGGAGGACGAAGACGAGUUUUACUCCCCGAGAGGUUCGUCGUUGGGAGGCUCCGGAGGAACCGGAACGGGUUCCCGGCGAGUGUUCACCUCCGGAAGAAGCGUGACCUCUACAUCGUGCUCUUCGUCUUCUUCUGGCUCGCCGGAAAGGUCUAUGUCGAACUCGCCGCUGCCGACGGGUUCGAAAGCACUGUCGCCGGAAAAUUACAACCACCAGCACGUGCAUCCCUCUUCUUCGAUGUGCCCAACACCAGAUAGUGUUUUCGCCGAACAUGAUAACGAUUCGUUAAGUGCAUGUGCACGUACACAUGCACAUGCAGCACCGUCAUCAUUACAUGAAGGAACAUUGGAGAAAAAUGAAAAUGCAUUAUCUUCAUCGCCACCACCGAGACUAUCUAAUGCUUCUUCGUCUUCGGCUUUUUCUCUUCCCUCUUCGCCGGAGAAGGUGACACGUCAUCACACUUUCGAUCAGUCCCCGAGAAUGUCGAGUGUCUCCGACGGACUAAUGUUACCUGGAUUGUCAUCGUUGCCUUUGUCACCCGCCCUGCUUUCAUCGCCGGAAACCGAAAGAGGAACUUUCAGUGAAUUGGGAAGAGGUUCUUUUGGUGCGCACAGAAAAAACUGGAGCAUCCCAGUACUGUCAAUGCCAAUAACAACACCCUUUGAUGAAAUUGGAACUGUUCCAGCUCCUCCACCUUUGCCACUGAGGAAGCACUGGGAAAUUCCAAGCCCUGCUCCCCCACCACCUCCGCCAUUACCUCGACAGAGGAAACAGUGGGGAGUUCCAGCGCCGGGGCCGUCAACACCGAUUGGUCAACCGGUUUCAAGACCACCGGAAUUGUUGCCUCCUUCUAGGCCUUUUGUCUUGCAAAACCAAGCAACCAGUGCUGAGUUGCUGGCAAGUUUGGGUGAAAUUGAAGAGACCGGUAAACCGAAAUUGAAGCCCCUGCAUUGGGACAAAGUGAGAACAAGCUCUGAUCGCGAAAUGGUGUGGGAUCAGAUGAAGUCCAGUUCGUUUAAAUUGAAUGAGAAAAUGAUUGAAACGUUGUUUGUUGUGAACACACCAAACCCAAAGCCCAAGGAUGCAACCACAAACUCUGUUUCUCACCCGCCAAAUCAGGAGGAAAGAAUACUCGAUCCUAAAAAGUCGCAAAAUAUUUCAAUCUUGCUGAAAGCGCUUAAUGUCACAAUAGAAGAAGUGUGUGAAGCACUUUUAGAAGGUAGUACUGAUUCACUUGGAACAGAAUUACUUGAAAGUUUAUUAAGAAUGGCACCAAGCAAGGAAGAAGAACGUAAGUUGAGGGAAUAUAAAGAAGACUCACCAGCCAAGCUUGGUCUGGCUGAGAAAUUUUUGAAGGCAGUGCUUGAUGUACCUUUCGCAUUUAAAAGGAUUGAAGCAAUGCUUUACAUAGCCAGUUUCGAGUCUGAAGUGGAGUAUCUCCAGACAUCCUUUCAAACAAUAGAGGCUGCCUGUGAGGAGCUACGACAUUGUAGAAUGUUCUUGAAGCUUCUGGAGGCUGUAUUGAAAACUGGGAACCGCAUGAAUGUGGGAACGAACCGUGGCGAUGCAGAGGCAUUCAAACUUGAUACUCUUCUCAAGCUGGCUGAUGUGAAAGGCGCAGAUGGCAAAACCACUCUUCUGCAUUUUGUUGUACAAGAAAUUAUUCGAACCGAAGGUGCUCGGCUCUCUGACAUUAAUCAAACUCCAAGCUCUACUUCGAGCGAAGAUGCCAAGUGUAGGAAGCUUGGCCUACAAGUUGUAUCAAGCCUGAGUUCAGAGCUAGCAAAUGUGAAGAAGGCUGCUGCUAUGGAUUCCGAUGUUCUCAGCAGUGAUGUGUUAAAAGUUUCCAAAGGAAUUGCAAACAUAUCAGAAGUUGUGCAGUUAAACCAAACCACAGGAUCAGAUGAAAGUAAUCAGAAUUUCACAGAAUCAAUGAACAAAUUCAUCAGAAUGGCUGAGGAGGAAAUUCCAAAAAUUCAAGCCCAAGAAAGUGUUGUCUCCUCCCUUGUGAAGGAGAUUACAGAGUAUUUUCAUGGGAACUUGGCAAAGGAAGAAGCUCAUCCAUUUAGACUCUUCAUGGUUGUAAGAGACUUUCUUGCAGUUCUUGACCGUGUCUGCAAAGAAGUUGGAAUGAUAAAUGAGAGAACCACGGUUAGUUCAGCCCAUAAAUUCCCAGUGCCAGUUAACCCAAUGCUUCCACAAUCCCUUCCUGGAUUACACGAGAAGCAGCAAUAUAAUAAUAGCUCUUCAGAUGAUGAAACUCAACCUUAG